CUCAAGGGCAUUGGUGGCUCGUCAGUCAAUAUGAGGUCCUCAUAUACGUGCAAUCGUUGCAUAUCGGCUAUUAAGGCUUCACGGACGCAAUUGCGCCCUAGAACGCCUUUCCGCCUCCCCCAUCAGCAAUUUGCGGGACGAGCUCACUCCACAAAAUCUCCAGUAUCCGCGAACCUCGCAAUAUCUCGACGUAGUAUCUCCUCUACCGCGAACCGUCAAUUCGAAAAGCCGUUCGAGCCCUUUGAAUAUGUCGAUCCGGAAGGCAACACACGGAAAAUGGUCCUCAGCGAGGACAAUCUGUUCAACUCGUUCACCCACUCUCCCAUCCCCGCAAUUCGCAAGCGGGCAGCCUUCAUGCGACAGCACGCCUAUUGCCCCCAUCCGGACCACAAGCCGACUCGUGCCGCGGUCAAUGCGGGGGACCUCGAAUCUCGCAAGUCCUCAGAGACCGGCUCCCCUCCUGCGCAUGUAAACUUCGAAUGUCCAGAUUGUGGUGUGCCUGUAUACUGCUGCGAGGAACACUGGGCGGAUGACUACGAGGCCCAUUUGGGAGUCUGUGAUAUCAUGAGGCAAAGCAAUGAGGACGAUCACGAUCUUCACAGCGGGCGCUUCUUCAAGGAGUUUCAAUUUGCGGUGCCACAGAUGGAGGAGAUCUUGGUCAACAUGAGCAGCUGGGACACAUAUCUUUAUACUCGAGAUUACGAUGCAUUGAACGAAGAUCGAGAGAUGCGACAGGCUACGAAGCUUUUGACUUAUCCUAUGACCGUUGCCAGUAUACUACAUGAGUUGAGUCCUUAUGGCCUGCGGGGCGAUGGUCGCAUGACACCAGAGGGUCUCAAGAGCUUUACUGCACUUCGUCAUUCCCUCCAUCCAGCCCGAACUGGUGGUGGUGAUACGUGGAAGAAUCCUCGCCUUGCCCCGCCUUCUGUUCGCCUUUUUGUUCUAGGAGCGCGUGCUGAGUCUUCACUACCCAGGGAGACCUGGAUGCAGAUGGUAUAUCUCUUCCAUCGAGUGCAGUUCUCCUUGCAUUUCAUUGGUCCUGAGGCAAUGGCAAACCGCGGAAAUGAGCUACCAUUGCCUGAGCGGACGCCACUUAACCCGUUCGGAGCUGUAGUUGAAGAUCGCAUCUCCAACGCUCUCAAGAUCAGUACAUUUGUUGAAUACUACCACACGAUGCACAAGGCUGGAUACUUCUACCCCUACGAUCCCUAUUUUGACUGCUUCAUCGUCUUCCACCCUGGAUUCGGAAACCCAGCAUCGAUGCAUGAGUGGGAAGAGACACUGCCGCUACUGCUGGAAACAAAAUGCCCUAUCAUCGCUACAGGGUACUCCCCAUGGGACAUACAACAAGAUGUUGAUCACCUGGAGAAGAGGUUCGGCAACGAGAUGGACAUACUACUUAAGCCAGGCGAGAACAAGUUCCGUAGUUUGAGAUGGGAUUUGAACGAUUUGGAUCCCCACGAUGUGAACUGUAGCAAUUGGGGUGUGUACGCAUUUAGAGGCAAGAGGUACGAGGCAACGAAGAAGGAGGAUGAAAGUGAGGUGCAUAGCGAGCGCACCGAGUAAGUACCUUGAAAUUACCAGUGUAUUAUCAUGUACAUUAUUGUACCAGUGGUUUCUAGAUUGUAACCAUUGAUGAAAUAUUCUUCCACAUUUUUGUCCACAGCGAUCCACGUCCAAUCCUGGAGAAAUCAAAAAAAUCCUUUCCGUUGACCGUCUGCCUGCAGCAAUUCUCAUUUUACCUCCCCCUUGAUAUUUUCUCCCACCUUUUUUACCUAUAACUUAUCCAGUCUCGGCUUAAUUGUUCGUCCAUAUUUGUCGGCCUGCAUUCACAUGUAAUCCGGAGCUUCGAACACAUGAAAUCAUUCUUAUUUAUUCC